ACGGGUAAAAAAAACUAUCCUGCGUGAAGUUCCGGGAUUGGUCUAGCUAGCAGGUUCUAGUGUAACAGUGUUAAAAAUCAACACUGUACCGCUUUUAACCUAACCACAUUAAGCCCACAACCAUAAAAAAACACCAAUACGUUUCUGUGAGACGGUUGGAGCUUUGAACAAGACAACAAGAGGACGUCGGGUAAGAUGAAUUUCUUGAGGGGAGUGAUGGGGGGGCAACCCGCCGGGCCCCAACCUACGGGAGCGGAGACGAUCCAGAAGCUGUGUGAUCGCGUGGCGUCGUCCACCCUCCUGGAGGAUCGGCGUGACGCGGUCCGUGCCCUCAAGUCUCUCUCUAAGAAAUAUCGCCUGGAUGUUGGAACCCAGGCCAUGGAACAUCUGGUUCAUAUACUGCAAACAGACAGGUCUGAUUCUGAUAUCCUGGGCUACGCUCUGGACACUCUCUACAACAUCAUCUGCAACGACGAAGAGGAAGAACAAGAUGAAUCCGAAGAUGCCGCUGCCCCUGUCCCUGCCUCAGGGAAGCAUAAGUCUGUGCCUGAUGAGAGUGCUCAGAAGCAGGCAGAAGACAUGGGGGUUCUGUUUACAGACAAGUUCAUCCAGGACCCUGAGAACGUCACCCUGCUACUGGCUCUGCUGGAGGAGUUUGACUUCCACGUCCGCUGGCCUGGUGUGAAGUUGCUGACGGCUCUGCUGAAGAACCAGAGAACCCAGACGCAGGGAGUCAUCCUGGUCAGCCCUAUGGGUGUGUCCAGGCUCAUGGAUCUGCUGGCUGACUCCAGAGAGGUCAUCCGCAACGACGGUCUGCUGUUGCUGCAGCAGCUGACUAAGGGAAACGCAGCCAUCCAGAAGAUCGUAGCGUUUGAGAAUGCGUUUGAGAGGCUCCUGGACAUCAUCACAGAGGAGGGCAGCAGCGACGGAGGUAUAGUGGUGGAGGAUUGUCUGCUCUUGCUGGUCAACCUGCUGAAGAACAACAGCUCCAACCAGAACUUCUUCAAGGAGGGCUCGUACAUCCAGAAGAUGAAGCCGUGGUUCGAGGUGGGAGACGACAACUCCGGCUGGUCAGCCCAGAAGGUCACCAACCUGCACCUCAUGCUGCAGCUGGUCAGGGUGAUGGUGUCUCCAGUGAACCCUCCUGGAGCUACGUCCAGCUGUCAGAGGUCUAUGUUCCAGUGUGGUCUCCUGCAGCAGCUCUGCACCAUCCUCAUGGCUACUGGCGUUCCUGCUGACAUCCUCACCGAGACCAUUAACACUGUAUCGGAGGUGAUCCGGGGUUCUCAGACCAACCAGGACUACUUUGCGUCUGUUAACGCCCCCUCCAAUCCUCCCAGACCAGCCAUCGUGGUGCUCCUCAUGUCCAUGGUGAACGAGCGGCAGCCAUUUGUGUUGCGCUGUGCUGUUCUCUACUGCUUCCAGUGUUUCCUGUACAGGAACCAGAAGGGCCAGGGAGAGAUCGUGUCCACCCUGCUACCCUCCACCAUCGACACCAACUCUAUCUCGGCCGGCCAGCUGCUGUGUGGGGGUCUGUUCUCUGCAGACUCCCUGUCUAACUGGUGUGCUGCAGUGGCCCUGGCUCACGCCCUCCAGGACAACCUGCCCCAGAAGGAGCAGCUGCUGCGUGUGCAGCUGGCCACCAGCAUGGGGAAGCCCCCCGUGUCCCUGCUGCAGCAGUGCACCAACAUCCUCUCACAGGGUGAUAAGAUCAACAGGAGGGGCAGCAAGGCCCAGACCAGGGUGGGGCUCCUCAUGCUGUUGUGUACCUGGAUCAGCAGCUGUCCCAUUGCUGUCACACACUUCCUGCACAACCAGGACAACAUCCCCUUCCUGACGGGUCAGAUCUCAGAGAACCUGGGGGAGGAGGAGAGGCUGGUGCAGGGGCUGUGUGCUCUGUUGCUUGGGAUCUGCAUCUACUACAACGACAACUCCCUGGAGAACUACAGCAAGGAGAAGCUGAAACAGCUGAUAGAGAAGCGUAUUGGGAAGGAGAACUUUGUGGAGAAGUUGGGCUUCAUCACCAAACAUGAGCUGUACUCCCGUGCUGCCCAGCGUCCACAGCCUACCUUCCCCUCCCAGGAUCACAUGCUGUUCGACCACGAGUUCACCAAGCUGGUCAAGGAGCUGGAGGGCGUGAUUACUAAAGCGGUGCACAAGUCCAGUGAGGAGGAGAAGAAGGAAGAGGAGGUGAAGAAGACUCUGGAGCAGCAUGACAGCAUCGUUACCCAGUACAAGGAGCUGAUCAGGGAACAGGACGCCCAGAUCCAGGAGCUGAGGGAGCAGGUGGGGACGCUGGCAGCCCGGAGCGACACCCUGGAAACCACCGUAACCCAGCAACAAGCACAGAUCCUGCAGCACAAGGACCAGUACAACAUCCUGAAGCUAAAGCUGGGUAAAGUAGAGUCCCCGGGGGGGGGCCAGGGCGGGGGCCAGGGCGGGGGCCAGGGGGGGGGCCAGGGCGGGGGCGUGCCCCCGAUGAACGGCCUGCAGACAGAGGAGGUGUUGCUUAUCAGGGAGGAGCUGGAGGAGCUGAAGACACGACACACACUGCUGCAGAGCCAGCUGGAAGAGAGGGAUGCACUGGUCAACACACUGAGAUCCGAGGCCCUCAGCCCAGAGACAUCAGCAGGAUCAGAGCACUCAGAGCUCACACAGGCUGUGUUGCAGGAGCUGGAGGUGCUGAGGGGUCAGGUCCAGACCCAGGCUGCAGAGAUCAGCCGGCUGCAGACAGAGAGACAGGAUCUGCUCCAGAGGGCAGAGGCUGCCUCCUCAGCAGGGGUCUCCAGUGACGAGGGCUCAGCAGUAGCAGAGCUGGAAAGCAGGCUGGCAGCCCAGACCACAGAGACAGAGAGACUGCAGGAGGAGGUGCGUGUGCUGGCGGAGGGCCGGGCGGGGCAAGAUCAGCAGCUGGCCUCAUCCAGCAGCACGGCGGCCAUCCUGCAGGCGGAGAAGAGCCGUCUGGAGACUGAGCUUCAGGAGUCCAGGAGGGAGCAGGACGACCUGCUGAUGCUGCUGGCAGACCAGGACCAGAAGAUCACUGGCCUCAGGAGCAGGCUCAGGGACCUGGGGGAGACGAUCGAUGACGAAGAUGACCUGGACCCCCGGGACCCGUCGGAGGAAGAGGAGGAGGAGGACGACUAGAGAACCAGGGUGAAGAGAGAAAGAGAGGUAGAAUGCCUGCCGAUGAUCGGCGAAAAGAGACGCUGUUGGCACCGCCCAUGUUGAUGAGAGUACGCGGAUAGAGAAACUGAAGGAUCUAGCAGCUCCUAGGACUAAUACUGAAGCGCUUUCUCUCCCUCCCUCCCUCCAGCAUCCCUCCCUUCACAUCCCUCGUUAUCAUCCAUUUUAACGCGUGUAGAUUUUAUUCCAAGAUGGAGACGUGGUCGAAUCAGCGAUGUUGUUAUUCUCAACGCGUUCAUCUCAUCCUCUUCGGCUUCCACAAGCUGCAGUCCCCUCAGGAGAGCGUCUGGGUCGGGGGCAUGGGCUGCCAUUCUGUCCACCUCACAGAUGAUGGACAGCCGGUCUGGUGGUCUGGGGUGUUCCACACCACCACUCUGACUAACUCCAUCCUACAACGCAGAACUCAGACGCCCUCUAUCUGCCACCACAGGAACUGCACUGGACACCCCCCCUCCCCUCGCUCUGCCCUCUUUCCCAUGAUGCAGUGUGGAUGUUCAGGUGUGUUGGACUUCUCACCUGUCUCUGUCUCUGUCUCAUCGACACACGGACACUACAAACCAAUCAGAAACAAGAGCAGAGUGGAGUCUCCACUGACAACACAGGGAACAUUUUUAGUCGGCCAGCUUUAUUUUCUCUUAGUGUUUUUUUUUUUUUUUUAAGGUGGCCCCAACCCGAUUCACAUCUCCUGGUCUGUGCUCUGCUUCACUGACACACUCAGUGGGCUUGAACACACCAUGUCUCUUACAUGUUUAGUUAAGUCAAGUCAGAGUUUGAUUUCAGUUGAGAUUCACCUCAGUUACACUUCACUCACUCUACGAUAUGCUGCAAAGCUAGCCGACACACAAGACAUGUAUGAGGUGUUUGGGGGGGAAACAAUAUUUUUUCAACUUUUUGGUCCUGGCGUUCGGCUUCUGUAACUUAUCGAUUUAAUGAGCCACAUUGAAAAUAAAUAAAAUGUAAAUCUAUGAA